AUGGGAGGUUUGAAGGAGGAGGAGGAACUUCCGGUUCUGGGUGCGGUGGGUUGGAAUGAUUUCGCCAUAAAUGGGGUACAAUCCAGUUCUCCUCUUGGUGAUUCAAUUUCUUGUAAAUUGGGAAGAGGCAAUUCUAUUCUUUUUUGGAAGCAUUGUUGGUUGGGAAAUAGUUCUCUUAAGCUUCUUUUUCCUCGUUUAUUUGAGGUUUGCUCUUUUCCUAAUGCUCUUGUGAUUAAUUGUGGUUUAUGGGAGAAUGGGGGGUGGAGUUGGAAGGUGGGUGUUGAUUCAACCUUAUUAGUAGGUGAAUUAUUGGAGGAUUGGAAGGAGUUAAUAGAGAUUCUUAAGGAUGUGAAACCGUGUACGAAUGGGGUUGAUAAAUUAAUUUGGUGGAGAGAUGUGGGGGGCUUUUCGGUUAGGAAUGCUUUUAAACGCUUGUAUACAUUGAAUAUGGCUAUUUCUAAUGGUAGUGAUUUUAGAUUUUGUGAACUUAAAAGAUUAUGGAAAGCUACUAUUCCGUGGAAAGUCAAGUUGUUUGGGUGGAGAUGGAUCUUGGGAGCCUUACCGACGAGAAAAGAACUUUGGCAUAGAGGUGUGAUUUUAGGGGUGGAAGCUUCUCUUUGUCCCUUAUGUGAUUUAGAAGAGGAAUUUGUUGGUCACCUUUUUCUGAAGUGUGGUAAAGUUAAAUUUAUAUGGAAGGAAGUGUUCUCGUGGUUUGGCUUGGAUUUUGAUGUUCUAUUGGGAAGCUCGGAUAUUGAUACUAUUGUUACCGGAGAAGAUGUGCUUUUAUUUCUAUUAAAUUCUUUGGAUGGUAGAGUGAAGUCAUCUUUUUUCGCUUUUAUUUGGCCUUUGGUUUGUUGGAGCAUUUGGAAUGCUAGAAAUAGUUUGGUCUUUGAACACUCUAAUUGGAAUGUGGUGGAGAUUUUAUUGCUUAUUAAAUCAAUUGGGUGGGAUUGGAUUUCUAUUUUGUCUAAGGGGAAUAUAGAUAUUUCUAGAGAUUUGUGGUUUGCUAAUCCUGCUAAUUGCAUUGGAUUGUAA